AUGACGCUUCAAGAACAGAUCUCAAGCCAAAACAAGGUCAGAGAAUCAUUAGAAUUUGAAGCAAUCAUGAGAGACAGGAAGAUCGACUCUCUGGAAAAUAUGUUCACUGAGCAGGCAACAAGGAUCGAUGAACUGGAAGCUGACAAGCAAAUGAUGGAGGUACAGAUCGAAGAAAUUCAAGUGGAUAAGGACUUGGAAGUACAAAGCCUCCGUGAAGAAAUCGAGUCGCUCAGAGAAAUAAUACGAGGACUGGAGGAGGAGAGGCCCAAAUGCGAAAUCGACAGUCUACGAUCAGACACCACCCAAUUCGAAACGGAAAUGGAAGAGUCGCUAGUGAGUUGGAUGGAAACUACAUCCUUACACGACAUUCCUGCACAUCUGGAAACGGAAAUGGAAGAGUCGCUAGUGAGUUGGAUGGAAACUACAUCCUUACACGACAUUCCUGCACAUCUGGAAACGGAAAUGGAAGAGUCUCUAGUGAUUGGGAUGGAAACUACGUCCUUACAUGACAUUCCUGCACAUCUGGCUGAAUCAGAGACUGAACAAAUUCAUGAAUGUCCAUGCCAGGACGUACAUGUCCUACCAACAGGUCUUCCAGAUGAGACUGUCGUCGUUCCAAGCCUUAGACAAGAGGAAAAAGAGGCCAUUCCGACUCUGGAGGAAGAGAAAACCUCUCCCGUUCCUCAACUUGUACCGAAGGUCAUUCCCACUUUGGAGGAUUACGUACCUGCCACCCAAAGCGAGGCCUCGAAGGAUGACCUCAUCAAGACCUCACAUGACACCACAACUGCCCCGGAUGAGGAACCAUUAGAUCGCAGCCUCAAUAGUCAGACUUCUGCCGUUGAACUUCCAGAGCAACAAUUUGCUUCUCCGAGAUUGGCAUUCAGCAUGGAGAAGCAAAAGUUUCGAGAGGAGAGGGAAGUCUUCAUGCAGGAGAGGGAAGACUUCUCGAAAGAGAAGGCGCAACUCAAAAGAUCCUACAAGAGAAUGGAGAAAAUUGCGAGUAAUCUUGACAUACAGACAGAAAAACUGAUCUCAGACCAGGAAGUAUACGAAAGGAAUGCAGAACAGUUGGCCAAACGAGAAAAGGCUCUGGAUGCACAGGAACAACGUCUAGGCAGACUCGAGGAAAUUCUAGAAGAACAGAAAGAAGCGCACCUGCAGUGGGAAGUAGAUCUCCAGGAAGCACAAGAAGAACUGAAACGAGGUAAAGAGGAGUUGCAGCAACGGGAAGACGGCCUGAAUAUGAAACAGAAGAUUUUAGAGGAAAGAGAAGAAGAGUUGAAGCAACUAGAAGAAAAUAUGAAACAAGUAAUGCAAGAGUGCCAGGAAUUGGAAGAUGAUGUGACGUUAAUGACCAAGAUAUUGCAGCAGGAACAGAGUCUGUUAAAGAGAAAGGAGCAUCUUGAUGUCUGGCGAGUUUCCCCCAACUCGUCAGGAUGA